AUGUCUAUCGUAUUACCAGCAGGAAGUGUUGACGGAUUUAAGGCCGUUGGAAAAUAUUCAGCUCCAAAUCGUCGUCCAAUUGAACCAGUUGGUCGUUACUUUUUAGCUCAUGCCUCAAGAACUCUUAGGGGCCACACUUGGUCUGAAUUUGAAAAAUUGGAAGCCGAGCGUAAUGUCAAGGAAAUCGAAACUAAUGAGGAUGAAGAUUUGGGAGAUGAAGAACAAAGUGAAGAGUUGUUGGAACACGAUCCAAGAGAAUGGAAAACUGCCGAUUUAUAUGCUGUUUUGGGAUUAUCACACUUGAGAUAUAAAGCUAAUGAAGACCAAAUAAGAAGAGCACAUAGAAAGCAAGUAUUGAAACAUCACCCGGACAAGAAAUCUGCAAGUGGUGGAUUAGAACAUGAUUCUUUCUUCAAGAUUAUUCAAAAGGCAUUUGAGGUCAUGUUGGAUCCAACGAAGAGAAAGCAGUAUGAUUCUAUUGACACCGAAAAGGAUCCAAAGCCACCAUCACCAAAGAGCAAAUAUGAUUUCUUCGAAGUUUGGGGACCAAUAUUUGAAAGUGAAAGUAGAUUUUCAACAAAGCAGCCAGUUCCACAAUUGGGCGGUUUAGAUGCCACCAAGGAAGAAGUUGACGCCUUUUAUAACUUUUGGGGUAAAUUUGACUCAUGGAAGACAUUUGAAUUCAAGGAUGAAGAUGUUCCAGAUGACACUGCUAACCGUGAUCACAAACGUUAUAUUGAACGUAAAAAUAUUGCCUCAAGAAAGAAGUUCAAGCAAGAAGAUAACAAGAGGUUGAUUGAUUUGGUAGAAAGAGCUCACAAUGAAGAUCCAAGAAUUAAGUUGUUCAAAGAACAAGCUAAGAAAGAGAAGGCUGCAAAGAAGUUGGAUAAAGAGGCUGGUUCACGUAAGGCAGCCGAGGAAGCUGCAGCUAAGAAAGCCGCUGAAGAAGCUGCUGCCCAGAAAGCAGCCGAAGAAGCUGCUUCCGCUAAAGCUAACUCAAAGAAGGCUAAAGAAGCAGCCAAAGCUGCCAAGAAGAAAAACAAGAGAAAUGUUAGAGCUUCGGUUAAAGAUGCGGACUACUUUGGCGAUGCUAGCAAGUCUGCAGACAUUGAUGCAGAUGUUGAAUUGCUUCUUGAGAAAUUUACUGAUGUUCAAUUGGGUGAAGUUGCAUCGAAAUUGAAAGACGCCGAUGCUUCUAGCGUUAAAGCCACUUUUAUUGAGACAGCUAAGGAGUUGGGCAAUGGUGGUUCUUUAGAUGCUAGCCACUUGAAAUACUUUACUGCUUGA